AUGAAGAUGUUUCCCGUGACGCUCAUAUCGCGGUUGAAGUCGAUCCUAGCGGGUGAUGGAAACGGAGCAGGCGCCGAAAGCAACGACCCACCGGCAGAAGAGGUCGGCAGCCGCAGUAGCACAGCGCCACCGCUAAACUUCGUGAGAGGUAGCAUACAACAUCUACAGAAUGGUGCACCAGGGGGAGUGCCCAGAUCGAUGGCAGGCGCACGUCGGCUGAGUGAAAUUACCGACAUGCCACGGGUAAAUCACAUUUACGGAUCGCACAAUGUUCCUGCGCUCGUUUCGAUGCAUCGUUCGCUUGCAGCUGACAGUCGCAACAGUGAUACUAGCAGCCGUUAUGGAACGGCAGCCCCACGGCCGCUGGCACGACGAAGUGGGCAAGCUCCACCACGGCUCAUCCCCAUUAAGCACGCCAUGGCACGACAGUCGUUUGGUCAACGUACAGGGCCGAAACCAUCCGCUGGUAUUGGCGGUUUGUUUAGCCAAAACGAGUCACCCCCUAGGGCGGACGUGAGUUCCGGUAAUGUUUCGUUCCUUACGAACGACUUUCGCAACUUGCUGCGUACAAAAGGCAGCAGUGGGCCGGCAAGUGCGUCCGAGCACACAUCCGCACUGGAUCGCGACCUAAACGCAAAUCGAGAGGCGCGAAAGAAGUAUGAAUCGUUGAUGCAAAAGUUUAUUCCCAUCAUGAACGAAGCACCGGAACGGGGCGGUGCGUACGAUCGGUUCACACGGAAAACCGUCAAUGGGGACAUUUCGCGACCGACGGCCCAAAAGCCGUCAUCGGUCGAAACACUCGAUCUGACCGACGAAGCCAAUAGUGAGACCGGUAGCGAUGAUUGUGUGGAGGUAGUGUCGGAUGGCAAAAGUGAGCGCCUGUUUCUGCCGCUCGAUUCGGUGCUGAUGUUGGCGCAGGAAGAGGAGUACGAAAUGAAGCAAUCGGCGGUACCGAACCUACCGGAACCGGUCAACUCGGUAAAGGAGCGUUUCGAAACGAAACAGUUCUACCGGGACGAUAUCAUACAGGAUGUGCAGCAGCGCUACGGUUCGCUGUUCAGCCAGCGUAAAUCACUGAUCGAGCAGGAGAAGGAUCGUCUCGGCAAUCUGCGCAAGACAACGACCGUGCAGGAGAAUGAGGCGCGCAACAAGAUGCUCAACUAUGUGUGCUCCUUCUACAAGUUCGAUGUGAUGAAUGAGUCGGAACUGAAGGAAUCGACGCCCGAGCCGGAAGAUGUGCCGCUGCCGGAGCUGACGAAGGACCAGAUCGAUCAGAUGCAUCGGAAGCUGCGUACCGGUAACCAGAUGGUGAUGUCAAAGUUUAACCUCCAGAUCACCGGUAACGAUCUCGUGACGCUGCAAGAUUUAAACUGGCUGAACGAUGCAGUUAUAAACUUCUACAUGGAGCUGCUCCGGGAACGCAGCGAGCUAAAGCGCGAUCAGGGCCUGCCGAAGGUGUACACGAUGAAUACGUUCUUUUUGCCGCAGCUGCUAAAGAUUGGCUACUCCGGUGUGCGUCGCUGGACGCGUAAGGUGGACCUGCUGGCGCACGAUAUAAUCGUGGUGCCGGUGCACGUCGGCGGCAUCCACUGGUGCAUGUCGACGAUCGAUCUGCGGCGGAAAACCAUACACUAUUACGAUUCGAUGGGUUCGCCGAACAAUGCCGUGCUGAACGCGCUCGAGCAGUAUCUGUGCGAGGAGUCGAUGGACAAGCGGAAGACACCGUUCGACAAGAGCGGCCUUACUAAGCAGAACAUGCGCGACUGUCCGCGGCAGAAGAAUGGUAGCGAUUGCGGUGUAUUUAGCUGUAUGUUUGCCGAAUUCUUAACGCGCGAUCAUGCGAUUACAUUCGAUCAGUCCAACAUGCCGUACUUCCGGAAGAAGAUGACGGUGGAGAUUAUGCUUGGCAAGCUGCUCACGUAA